AUGAGGCCGGCCCCCUUGUUCAAUCUUCCUGAGCCAUAUCAACCCCUCCUCUCUCCCCCUUAUGUUCUCCUCUCUUCGAUCGAUACCCUCCCCCCCUCUCCCCGUCUUCCCUUCUCCCCCCCUUUCCCUCUCCCCAUCUUCCCCUCUCCCCCUCUUCCCCUUGUCCCCUUUCCCCCUCAUCCCAUCUUCCCGUCUCCCCCUCUCCCCUCUCCCAUGGCUGCUCUUCACACCGUAGCAUCGACCCUUGCCUCCUCCAACCCCUUCUUCCACGCCUGGUCUGGAAACGACCCCUGUGCUGCCGUUGGUCCUGCUGCCGCUGCUGAUCCCAGCAGCAAGGGCUGGCCGGGGGUCACCUGUGAGAGUGACAGCUCGGGCAACCAUGUUGUUACAGCGCUGACACUGCAAGGGCUGGGACUUUCCGGGCAGCUUCCUGCUGCUCUCUUCGAGCUCACGGCACUCACAAGCCUGGACAUUUCUCUCAACCCAGCCCUCACAGGCAGCAUCUACAGCACCAUCAGCGCCCUUUCCGACCUCUCUAUGCUGGACAUGCACGGGUGCAACCUGUCGGGGUCCAUCCCUUCAACCAUCGGGCUUUUGAGGAAGCUCAACUUUUUCGCUGUCAACAGCAACCAGCUAUCUGGCAGCAUUCCCAGACAGGUGGCGAAUCUAACGGACCUCUGGUUCUUUGACAUCACAGACAACAACAUCUCAGGGCCUGUGCCCGUCCAACCAGGAUUCGACACGUGUACCAGCAUUGGCCACCUUCACAUGAGUCGCAACCAGCUAACGUAUUUCCCAGAGGAACUGGGACGGCUGCCAACACUCAUCCACCUCCUGGUGGACAACAACCGCCUUAACCAGACCUUUCCGGUGGGGCUCAGUGGCUCUACCAGCCUGCAGAUCAUCCAUCUGAGCAACAACACCAUUCAGGGCCGGCUUCCUCCGUCGCUCAACCUUCCAGCUCUGCAAGACCUCUCGAUGCACAAUUGCUCCAUGCCCCCCCAACCACUACCGCCUUUGACGGGCCUCCCAUCACUCUGCUACCUGGAUUUGAGUCGAAACAACUUCCAAGGCCCCCUGCCCCUUGCUCUCUUCACCACGCACCCUGACCUGGUAACCCUCAAUAUCGCCUUGAAUCAUCUCAACGGCAACCUCCCUCGUGGGCUGCCUGCAGCCAACCUCACACGCCUCCACUCCAUCAUGCUAUCAGACAACAACCUGACGGGCCCCGUGCCUCCGCUAGACGCCCUCCCUGCCAUCGCCACCAUCUCACUCUUCGAUAACCAUUUCACCCGCGCCCCUGCUGCUCUGCUCAGCAACGAAAACGUCACUCUGCAAUACUCAACCCGUACGCCUGCUGGCUCGCUCACUCACUUUGUCACCAGUGAGCCUCUUUUCCUCCUUCCAUCCCCUCCCUCCAGGCUAUACGGCAACGACCUGUGUGUGCCCUACCGCCCUGCAGUCACUGCCGCUUGCUCGCCUCCUCUCGGCUUCAUGCAGUACCAGCCCCCUCCCAUUUGCGACAACCUCUCCUGCCCCUCUCUCUACGCGCCCAGCCCUCCGCUGCUCUCGCUGACCAACGCAUGUGUGUGCGUCUCGCCGCUGGAGGUGGAAUUAAAGCUCACUGCGCCGCAGUAUGCGGUGUUUAAUGAUGACCUCGCGAGUCUGCUUGUAGAGAGGAUAGCGGAGAGCUUGGGGAAGAACAGGAUUGCCAUUUCGACAGGACAGGUGGGUGUGGAGGCAGGUGCGUUUGGUGGCAGGUGGGUUUUUUAUUGGCGGAUUUUGUGA